AUGCAAAACAGUUAAUAAUAGGUUAACAUGCCCCAAUCGAGAAUGAUUGGCGACCCUGCCUAAUCGCAAUACUUACAAAAUUCAAUGGCUCAAGAUCCCCAGUUUUUGAGUUACUAAAAUUACAGAAACGAAAUUCAAGAGGAAGGAGAGAUCGUAGCUGAAACAGCCAAAUUACGAAAACUGUACUUCCUCAUGCUGCUUCAAUUCUUCCUAGUGAUUGUGUUUAGUUACGUAAGCCCAUUAUUAAAUCCCACGUAGUUGCGACUGGACUCUUUGGAGGAUUACUUUGAAUAGAAUUCCUAUUGGAUAAUUAUUCUUUCUAUUGGAUGCUUCCUGUUGUCAUUGGCUGCAUACUUUACUAAUCCUGAGAACACUGCUGUAAAUGUAGUACUCUACGUGCUAUUCACAAUAGUCUUAUAUUUCUUUUUUAUAUCGCUAACUGCAAUAACAAACAUUGAACAAUCCAUGAUGGUAGCCUUCAUGAUUUUUGGAUAAGUAAUUUAAGCCAUUUUAUAAUUGUCAAGAUAUUUUCGCAAUUCCUGUCAGUGAUGCAAAGCAGAAUCGAGAUGUAUUACCAUCAAUAAUCUCUCUACGUACUGGCAGGCGGACUCAUCAUCUUCCAAUUGUUCAUCAUUUAUUCUAUCAUCCCCUUCUUUGAGAUGAUCAUCACCCUAGUUUCAGGAGUCGUGUUUGGGUGAGUGUUUAUUCUAUACGCUAUGCUAGGUUCCUCCUCAUUUACAGCACCUAAAGCAAUUUAAGCCAAAUCAAGUCCAGCGCUGUGAAUGGAAGUGUUAGAGUGUAUGUUGAUUUACUCAGCGUGUUUUUCUAUUUGAACCAAUUGAUGGCAGACUUGUUUAGAAAAGAGAAAUAAAUUGAUAAAUGAAUAAAAUCAACUAUGU